GAUUCUUGGGAAUAUGUUGAUAAAGUAUUAGUUAAUAUUAUUUUUGAGUAUCCUUGAAAAAACUAGGGUUUUUGCCAGAAUGAAGCCUUCCUAGAAUGGUAAUCUUAUGCUAAAAUUUAAGAAUUUGAACAAAGGAAUAUUUACUGCUUUUAUUGGCGAUGGUUGUAAUGAUAUUUGUGCUCUUUAAUAAAGUGACAUUGGUUUAGCUUUAUCUAAUUAAGAAGCAUCUUUGGCUGCUCUAUUUUUUACACCAAUUAUUAGAGUUUCAUAAAUUAUAGAGAUUUUAAAAGUAGGAAGAUGUGCUCUUAUCACCAGUCAAUCUUGUUUUAAAUUCAUGACUCUUUAUUCUAGUAUUUAAACUAUUACAUUGACAAUAUGUUAUAUUAGUAAUACUAAUCUAACUGUAGAGUAAUUUUUAUAUUAGGAUCUUUGGAUUAUUAUUCCAAUUGCAUUCACAAUGAGUUUAACAAAACCAUCUGAGACAUUAACAAAUACAUUAGCCAUUUGUAAGUUUGUUGAAUAGAAAUCUAAAUUUCCACUAUAUAAAUUUAUUGUUUUAUGA